CUCAUUCCAUAAACCAACUCGACCACUUCAUUCUUACACUUCACAUUACCGUUCCAAUGUCUCGUGUAUUCUUCUUCCUCUUCGUACUCUUUCUCCUCUACUUCCUCUCUGUUUCAGCUCACAGUGGCCACGACGACGACGACAGCGACUCCGACGCCGACGCCGGAGGUGGUGGUGAUGCUGCUCCAGACCUACGUGCCAGACCAUUGAUACUGGCGAAGGUUUGGUGUUUGAUAGUGAUUUUCUUUGCCACGUUUGUGUCUGGUGUAUCUCCCUAUGUCUUGAAAUGGAACGAGGGGUUCUUGGUUUUGGGGACCCAGUUUGCAGGGGGUGUGUUUCUGGGAACUGCUAUGAUGCAUUUUCUAAGUGAUGCUAACGAGACCUUUGAGGAUUUGACUAAGAAAAAAUACCCUUUUGCGUUUAUGUUGGCGUGUGGGGGUUAUUUGCUGACUAUGCUUGCGGACUCUGUAAUUUCAUCCAUUUUGGUGAAGGUGAGGCGGGAUCAACCUGGUGAUGUGGCUGAUGUUGAGGUUCAAGGGGCCGAGACAGGAAAAGUAAGGGGCAAUGGUGUUACUUUUCAGUCACAGCACGAGGGCAAUGCAAUUGCUGACAGCACAGAUCAUCACUUGGGGAGCCAGGCACUUGCAUCUGCACGAUCACUUGGAGAUACCAUCUUGUUGAUUAUUGCCCUUUGUGCUCAUUCCGUGUUUGAGGGCUUAGCAAUUGGAGUUGCUGAGACAAAAGCAGAUGCUUGGAAAGCUUUAUGGACAAUCUGUUUGCACAAGAUAUUUGCAGCCAUUGCCAUGGGAAUUGCUCUCCUUAGGAUGAUUCCUAAUCGUCCCUUAAUGUCAUGUGCAGCCUAUGCUUUUGCCUUUGCCAUCUCAAGUCCAAUUGGUGUAGCCAUUGGAAUCAUAUUGGAUGCUACAACACAAGGUUCUGUGGCAGAUUGGAUCUUUGCUAUAUCAAUGGGUCUAGCUUGUGGAGUGUUUAUCUAUGUGUCGAUAAACCAUCUAUUGUCUAAGGGAUACACACCCCACAAACAAACCAAGGUUGACUCACCCUACUUCAAGUUUCUUGCGGUGUUGUUAGGCGUAGGAGUUAUAGCGGUUGUGAUGAUUUGGGACACUUAAGGUCGUUCAAAAGCAAGAGGCAUAAUGAUAGCUUGGUUUCUAAGAUAACUUCUCUUCACAGCAUAUGCAAAAUCGUUUUCUGAUAAUGAAUACCCUAGAGAAACAAUUGUUAUAGUACUUAUCAUAGAAGAGACAGUAGAAAUUUGCCUUAGAAGGUACUACAGAUGGGCAUGUAUUGAGAAGAGUAGACAAAUAGAGGCAAAGGG